UUUAAGAUAACAAUAAGUUGAUUGUUCUCGAUACUUUAAGUGUUUCAAAAUGAGCGUGAUUUUCGUAAUUUUUUGUUACUUAGUGCUAGUUUUUGGACAAGAAAAAACCAGCAAUAAUUUUUAUGAUAUCCUAAACAAAAUCAGACAAGGAUACGCCGAAUAUCACUCGACGGGAAUCCGUCCCGGAUACUUGAACGAAUCCCUAUCCCGUUUCCAGCUAGCCCACUUUUUCAGGGAUCAAAAAACCCUUCCGAGAAAAAUCAUCGAGGAUGGCGCUUUGUGCGAAGUGUGCAACGUUGCCGCAGAAUCUCUAGUGCAAGAAAGGAAAAACGGCAUGAACAACGUCGAAAUUAGAGGCGAAAUGGAAACACUAUGCAAACUUUUGAAUAUUGAACCUGGCCGAGUUUGUGAUGGCUUCAUAGACAUAAAUGCUGAUAUUAUUUUAUACGUGAUUGAUAAUAAUCCUAAUUUUUCGCCUGGGAAACUUUGCGAUUUGUUGCUGCAAAAUCAACAAUGCAACUUUACGAAUAUUGACUGGAUUGUUGACGUGCCAGAUGGACAAUCUCCAAUAAGACCUGGUCCAAGUGAUUCUUCAUCUACUUAUAAAAUCUUACAAGUAACUGAUGUUCACAUGGAUCUUUUGUAUACUCCAGGCAAAGUUAGGACUUGCACUGAACCAUUGUGCUGUCAAAGUGAUCAAGAAGAUGGUUCAGAAGGAAACUCUUGUGGCCGUUGGGCCGAAUAUGGUAGUGACAUUUCUGUAGAUUUAGUUGACGAAAUGCUACGGUUUGCCAAUACACUUGAUAUCAACUUUGUUUAUUUCACUGGUGACAUUGUUAGUCAUAGAGUGUGGUCCACAAGUGUGGAAAACAAUAGUGCUGUUAUAAAGUUGUUUUAUGAUAAGUUGCAAAAUGGUUUUAAAGUGCCUGUUUAUUCUAUUUUAGGCAAUCAUGAACCUAGUCCAUUAAAUCAGUUUGUAGACGACAAUUCAGUUCCAUCAAGCCUAUCAAGUCAAUGGUUGUUCGACUUGGUAGAUCAAGAAUGGUCCAAAUGGUUGACUGAGUCUCAAAAAGAAACCAUUGCCAAGGGUGGUUUUUAUACAAUAUCCCCUGUACCUGGUCUAAGGUUGAUUGUUUUAAAUUCAAACGUAGCUUAUACGGAAUGUUGGUGGUUGUUGACACAAGACAAAGACCCUUACGACCAGCUGGAUUGGUUGGUUAGCAUUUUAUCGCAAGCUGAGGCCAAAGGUGAAAGCGUUCACAUUCUAGGACACAUACCAACUGGGUCGGGUGAUAUUAUGAAGGUUUGGGGAAGAGAGUUCAAUAAAAUUGUUAACAGAUUCGCCAAUACAAUUACUGGUCAAUUCAAUGGUCACACGCACGUGGAUUCUUUCCAAGUGUAUUACAAUAUUUCGGAUUUGAGUCAAGCGAUCAAUGUAGCUUGGAAUGGUGCCUCGUUGGUGGCGUAUGACAACGCAAAUCCUAGUUUCAAAGUUUACAGCGUCGAUAAGGAUACUUUUAACAUCGUCGACAUUGACCAAUGGACAUUCAAUUUAACGAAAGCCAACGAAAAUCCAAACAAUUAUCCAGAAUGGUACAAAAUCUACUCAUUCAGGGACGCCUUUGGACUUUCCACGCUACAACCCAAAGAUAUGGGCAACUUGUUAAUAAAUAUGGCCAAAAACCACAGCCAAUUAGCAGAAUAUCAUUUGUAUCGAUACAAGAAUUCUGAUAUUGCUGUUAAUACAGUUUGCGACCAGGAUUGCCAGAAAGGGUACUUGUGUGAAUUUUCAACGCACGUUUUUGGAGAAACAAGCAAUUGUGAAUACUUGAAAAAGAUCUAUGAUCAAAAUUGAAUUUGUAAUAAAAUGAUUAGAUUAUGUAAUAAAUACCUACUUAAGUACCUAAUUCAGGAUCCUAUAAAAACCUAGGAAAAUGAAGCAAGCUUUCCAAGGCAAACCCAUCUAUCCGAUUUUAGGCCAUUCACGAGCCUACACCCCUAAAGCAAAAUUGUGGAAAGGAGGAGGCACUUCUCUAAUGGCAAAUGGAAUUCCAAUAGAUUUUUCUAAAAUUUGGAUAUGCUGUAAUUUUCAAGGCUCUUAUUAAAAGUCAUCAUUGGCCGAACCUUGUGCGGUUGAUAGUUUAGCCUCCAGAAGACGCCAAAGUUUCAUAUAACUUGAUGUUAUUAAAAUAUAUAAAAAUAAUCUAGGAUUAUUAUGAACAUGUGCCAUGUAAGAUUUUUUGUAUGAAUAUCGCAA